GUUAGUCGCCGAUCGGAUCGGCAGCGCGUCGCAAGCGGUGUCACUCUCCCCUCUGGUGCGUCCCCCACACACUGCCUUUCUCACACGACCGGCGAUCCUCGCUUGCGCAACACCCGAAAGCCCCAGCCCGACCGAGCCGGGCAGGCGCGCGCCCCAUAACCCGCUACACCACGCAACGCAACGCCGUCAACAUGAUCAUCAGGAUUACGCUAUGUUUGCUAGUCUGCACAGUCUACCAAGCCAUUGCUGAGGUACAGAUUAUUACCGAGCCUCGACAAGGUGAAGAAUAUGUUUUAGUCAGCGCGGAUCAACAAGGUCCAAUAAGAAAUUUUGAAAGCUCGCAUAAGAUUCCUGAAAAACAUCCAUCACAUAGAAAUUUUAGACCAGAAGAUGAUAAGAGUAAUAAAAAAAUAGUGAAUGGUAAAGUUGGCGGGAAACACACCUCAGAAGGUAUCGUAUCAAUCGAAGAAGAUAAAAGAGUAGUACUUAGGAAAGUGCAGAAGGGUAAAAUAGCUGAAUCAAUAGAGAUCGAUAUUCCGGUAUCUAAAAUAGAAGAUAUUAAAAUUAAAGAGAAUGUAAAAAAUGAAGAUAUUAACCCAAAAAUUAAAAUAGAAUUAGAAGCCAUGUCUGAAUCAGGGAAAUUAAGUGACAAAUCCCGUACAACAACACAAAAACCUAUUUUAACAACUGCACCUCCUGCUGUGAAGAAGACAUACGACUAUAUUCCUAUCAAUUUCGAUACCAUAGAUGACAUAAACAGUGGUUUGUUGUCAUCAAAUGUAAAAUUAGAACCAGCGGGUUCAGAGCAGAAACAACACUCUCGCAUCCAAAUCAAAAAGGGUCCAAAUGGGCAGGAUUAUGAAUAUGAAUACAUUUAUUACUAUUAUGACGAAGAUGAUGAAAACAAAACCUCUUCAAGUACUGCCGCACCUGUCCACAAUUCUCACGACGGCCCUCAAAAAGCAGAUGCUGUCAACCAAAUAGGUAAAGAAACCAAGGCCAAGAACAAGUACAGUUCUAUAGACAGGUCUGGUGCAACAACUGUAGCUACAUCUGAUAACCAAAAUGAGGUUCUGCCAGCUUCCGGAAGAGGCCGACUGCGAGGACGCACGAUUGCACCUGCGCCAGUUGAAGAGGAAAUUGAAGAAGACAGAUUACCAUCGAGCACACGUUUCCCACCUCGCGGACGCAACUUAACGCCUGCCAGUUCGACCACUUACGUUCCAGAGGUUUCCUCAGAAACAACCAGGCAGCGAGGCCGGCCGCAGAUCGACAACGUUGCUGACGAGUCUAUUGGCCAAACGAGAAGCAGGACCCGAGCGCAUAUAAGGCGGCCCAGCUCAGAACUUGUCGAUUUAGACAGCUUUAAGACAAACUCUGGAGACAUUCCCUCUCAAUACAAAGAGCCACCUACGAGAUAUUCCUCCGAAAGUAAAACAUCUACUGAAAUACCUGAAGGUGUACCUACCAAAGACCCCUCGCAUGCCAAAGAUUCAGUACGGGAAGGGCACAGCUUGCCAAGCGGAAUUAGAUUCCAAGAAAUAAUCGACGACUCGAAACUUCCCUCGGACUACAAACAAACGACCCCAUAUGAACAGGACACUACGGAAUAUACAACGAUGACUGCAAUGGAGAAGGUCGCUCUCGAUCUAUAUGCUUAUUUAGCAGGUGAAAACUUGAACAACGAUGUCAACCCAACCGUCGACGAUCUCGGUUUUGAGGGUACCACCGCCGCUGCCGCUGACGAGGAGUCAUCCACAACAGAGGCUCUCAGCACAACUGAAGAGGCGACGACGCCCACAACAACCACGACCACCACCUCCACAACCACCACGACCACCACUACGACCACACCGGCCCCCACCACCACGGCCGCGCCCACACGGCCUUCCCGUUUCAAGGGCCGGCCCGGUGCCCGCGCGCGCGUCUCCACUACAUCCAGCGCACCCACCGAACCUCCCCACGAAUCUUCUACAAGAGCUAGAGGUCGGUUCAGCAAGCCAGGCGGCGUGCGCAAGAGUACCGCUGCACCAGUCGAAGCGUCUACGCCCGCCUCUGCCCCUCUAGACAAACCUGUGUCGCAGCCCAAGGCGUUUGGCCGACGCGGUUUGUUCGCGGGUCGCAACCGUCCGAGCUCCACGACCGCUGCGCCCGCGUCCGAGGACGGCAGCAGCUCGCCCGCCAGCGACACUCCUGCGCCGAGACCCCGCCUUCGCCCGAACUUGAGGAGGCCCAUCGUCUCUACUACCAGCAGCGCAGCCCCCGCUGAAGACAGCACGGCUCCUGCCGCCAGCGAGUCGGUGGAGACCACCGUUGCUCCAAGCAGAACCAUUGGCCGCGGCCGCCCUGGACUGCGACCCGCAUCUCUGCGCCCCGGACCAAGACUGAACCUGCGCGCCAACCCGCGCCCUCGGCCUGGCGCGGCUACUGAGGCACCCGUUGAUGCACCCACGGAGACCUCCGCGCCUGAUGCACCGCCCACGGACUCUGAUGCUGAGGGUUCCUCGCCGACGCCUGCUCCCGAGGCACCGCGCGGCGGCCUCCGCGUGCGUAACCGGCUGACAGUACAGCCGUCGCCCAAGCCACGCGUGGCCCCCACGCCGCUGCCCCGUCGGCCCAACCCGCUGCUCAAGAGGAAGCUACCGUCUACUGAGGCAACCACGGAAGCGGCGAAGAAAGUAGAAGAGGAAGUAACAGAGGAAAGUAACGUCAGCGGCGAGAAGAGCGAGGCGGAGACGGAGGCCGCGCCCGCGGAGACCACGCCGGCGCCGCCGCUGCGCGGGCUCGACGCGCUGUUCGCGCGCCGCCGCGCCGCCGGCGGCAUCGGCGCGCGCCCCGCCCGACCCGCGCGCGACGCCAGGCGCACACGCUAGUGCGACCAAUCACAUGCCCCUACAAGUUCACUUCACAUACAAUGACGAAAACUCUAAAGUAGACGCGUUCACAAGUUGCGAGUCGUAUUAUAUAAAUCCGACACCACGCACAACUACACGUGUUUGACCGACGAAAUUUUCCGUAAGGUACAUGUCGUUGGCUCGUGUGUGACCUGUGAAUGCUGGGGUCACCAAAACACAAAGCACAAAUAUUGAUUUUUGAGAUUGUUUAUAGUUCACCCACAUUUCACCUGUUCUGGUCAUUUGUAUGAGCAAUAUAACACUUUAAACUCUAGCGUUUUGAACACAUUUAAUUACACGAACGGAUCUACCGGUUUUACGGGUCGGGUAAAAACAAUGAAAUUAAAUCGCGGUAGACCGGUUUGUGUAAUUAAAUAUUGUAUGAGCAGGUCGUACCUAUUAUAUUUCACUCGGUGCGAAUUGUCAUUAUACUUAGUCAAUUUCAUACCCGAACAAAUGGUAGUGAUGUCAAAGUACUAAGUAGGUACUUUCAAUCUCAUUUCUAGCAUAAUUAUAUUUAGUUUAAAAAUUCUUAGCCGACUAUUAUCUUCAACUGUAAUACAUGAAACCUAUGUUUCAGAGAAAUGGAGCAAUACCGGGACUCUUUUUCUAUAACCCUAUUUAUACGUGUUAUGUACAUAUUAGAGUUAAUUUCGUUACGAAAAAUAAGUGGGUUCAAAAGUGUGCUUAAUACCAUCCCAGGGUGUCCCGAGAAGCCUGUGUAUAGACGACUAUUUCAUCCUAGUAAUAAGUAUAUAGCAGUAGGCUCAACCGUGUUGAUCGGCUUUAUGUCUCUUAGGGUUAGGGCCCCCAAUAGUCGUUUCAUUUUAUAGCGCUUUAUCUUCUACAGUGUACAAUCUACACCGUCUUCUAAUUCGACUACAUUUCACUGGGUAGUUCAUAUUGCGGCGAAACGAAUAAAAGUUUAUAGGGGAGCCCAGGUUAUAUUGGUUAGGUUAGGACCUGCAGCCUAAAGUAUCAAAAAGGCUUAGAAAAAUAUUUUACUAGAACUUCCUUCAUUUGAACACGUAUUUGAACAGCGCACAUCUAUUGUAUCUAAUAUCGUAAACAAAUUCAAAAUGUCACAGUAUGAACUACAAAUAUAAUUCAAAACUAAUUAAGAAGACAAUAAUAAUGUUUGGGAAGUGAAACAAUUAUAGGUACGUAAAUAAACAUGAAUCUAAAUAAUUGACAAAAAUUAUACUCAUUUAGUCUUUAUUUAUAGGUAAUAAUUAGGAUUUUUUUGUAAUAAUCGUUGAUAAUGAAUCACCAGCAAGCAUCGAACUACAUCGAUGUAAUUAAAGCGUCUGAAGCACUGAUAGCGAGUGCCAUCGUGAUAUGUUUUGUAUAUUUCGUAAGUGUGAUAAUAAACUUAAAAUAAUAGAA